AUGCCUCAUGAGGUCAUCGUGAUCACGAUGACCGCCAAUUUUUUGGGGGCGGGGGCUGGAGGAUUAGUCAGCUUUUGCAGAUGCUGUAUUUUGGCCUCGUUGACUUGCUUCUUUUUGGGUUGGUCGCGAUUUUCGACCCGGCCAUUUCCACGUCACAUUCAGGCGUCGUUCGCCAUUCUUUGGCAGACUUGUUUGCUGCCCUGCGAGCUGGAAAUUGAGAGCAAUGGAACUGUGGCAGAUAUCAACAAGUCGGGUUGCCUAAUCUUUUUCGGGCAUGGGGCCAGAAUCGCCAAUGUGCGAUCCUGA